AGAAGGCAGCUGCCUGGACCACCUAGGGAAGAGGAUGGCCCUGAGCAGAGCCCUGAUCCUGGGGGUCCUCGCUCUGACCGCCAUGCUGAGCCCCUGUGGAGGUGAUGAGGACAUCAUGGCUGACCACAUCGCCUCCUAUGGUGUGAACGUCUACCAGUUUUACGGAUCCUCUGGCCAGUACACCCAUGAAUUUGAUGGAGAUGAGGAGUUCUAUGUGGACCUGCAGAAGAAGCAGACUGUCUGGCGACUGCCUCUGUUUGCCAGAUUUAGAAAUUUUGACCCACAAGGUGCACUGAAUAACAUAGCUACAGCCAAACACAACCUGGACAACCUGAUUAAACGCUCCAAUUCUACGCGGGCUCCCAACAAGGCUCCUGAGGUGACUGUGUUCCCCAAGUCUCCUGUGGAGCUGGGUGAGCCUAACACCCUCAUCUGUCUUGUGGACAACAUCUUUCCUCCUGUGAUCAACAUCACAUGGUUGAGCAAUGGGCACCCAGUCACGGAAGGUGUUUCUGAGACCAGCUUCCUCUCCAACCGUGACCACACCUUCCACAAGAUUGCCUACCUCACCUUCCUCCCCUCUGAUGACGAUGUUUAUGACUGCAAGGUGGAGCAUUGGGGACUGGAGGAGCCGUAUGUGAAACACUGGGAACCUGAGAUUCCAGUCCCCAUGUCAGAGUUGACAGAGACCGUGGUCUGUGCCCUGGGGUUGGCUGUGGGCCUCGUGGGCAUCGUGGUGGGCACCAUCUUCAUCAUUCAAGGCCUGCGCUCAGGCGGUGCCUCCAGACACUCAGGACCCUUAUAAGCCACACACUGGAAGGGAAGGGAAGGUACCCGACCCUCUCCAGGACAGAGGAGUGGAUGAGUCUGGUUGACCUAACAUAUUUUCUGGCCUAGCUCAUCAUGUUUCUUUUCUCCAAACGUCCUUCCCCUCACCGCUCUGUUGGACUUAAGGCUCCAUACACCUUCAGAGUUCACAUAUCCUGUGAAUUCUCUCCCUGAUCUCUGAUCUCCUGAGGUUUUUUUUUUUUUUUUUUUCAGAUAUUUUCUGCUAUAGAAUCUCUGCAAAAAUCCACCCAGCUACUAAUCUUCCAAUGACUCUGAUCUGAUAGUUCCAUGGAAUCAAUAAAUCCCCUUUUCUGAGGUCA